GUUUCAUAACAAUAUAUUACUUGCAGUAUCAGCUGACUUUUACGUUUGCUGUUGAUAGAAUUGCCGGAACAUGUUGCGGUCUAUUUCGUUUGUUACUGGAAAUGCUAAGAAAUUGGAGGAAGUUCGAGCAAUUCUGGGCAAAGACUUUCCCUUUGAACUAAUUGCCGUAAAGCUAGAUUUGCCUGAACUACAGGGUGAAGUGGAUGACAUUUGCAGGAAGAAGUGUUUGGAAGCUGCUAGGAUCGUUAAAGGACCAGUUUUAGUAGAAGACACGUGCCUUUGUUUCAGUGCUUUGAAAGGAUUGCCAGGACCAUACAUCAAAUGGUUCUUGGAUAAACUCGAACCGGAAGGUUUGCAUAAAUUGCUGGAUGGUUGGGACGACAAAUCUGCGCAAGCCGUUUGCACUUUUGCGUACGUACCACAUGAAAACGGAGAAGUAAUUUUAUUUCAAGGUGUAACCGACGGCGAUAUUGUGUUCCCUAGAGGGAGCAGAGAUUUUGGAUGGGAUCCUGUCUUUCAGCCAAAGGGUUGUGAUAAAACGUAUGCCGAGUUACCAAAAGAGAAGAAAAAUGAGAUCUCACACAGAUUUAGGGCAUUGGAUAAACUGAGGGAUUUCUUUGUUGCUCAAGAAACUAAAUAAUAUGCUACCGAUUAUCAUAAGCAAUAUUUCAUAAUGUUAAUUCCUUGUAACAAAAAAUAAGCUACGAGGAAUAAUAUUUCUAUUGGUUGUGGUCGAAUGACUCUUCAACCCUCGAUAA